AUGGAGGUGUUGGGAAAGCCAUUGUUUGGUUUCUCACCGUUUGGUUCAGCAGUGGUGUCUGGAAAACUGCUGGUGUUUCUCCCACCAUCUGGGUUAUCGGUGGUGUCUGGAGAACUACCGAUUGUACUCCUACCAUCUGGUUUAUCGGUGGUGUCUGGAAGGCUACCGGUUGUGCUCUUGCCAUCUGGUUGGGCGGUGGUGGUGUCUGAAAAAACCAUCGGUUAUGUGCCUGCCAUCUGGUUUGGCGGUUGUUGCUGGAAGAAACUCAGUGUGGCGCUAAUGUCUUCCACCAUUGGCGGUGUCGUACUGCUUGAUAUAUCCGUUAGUUGGGGUGCUUGUAUUGGAGUUCUUUGUGUUGACACGGCGGCGGAAGAAGUUUGUCCUCCGUCGACCGAUGGUUGUGGCCCGAUUGUUGGUGCAACAGUUAUCUUCGAACCGCCUACUUGUGACGUUUCGCCGGUGAUUACUGUGGGAAUCGGGUUGGUGGUUUGUUCCAGCGACAUCAUAGGCCUGAUUGGGCUGGUUGACGCUCCACCGGUUCCCCUGGUGUCGUCGGACUCCAAUUUUCACUGA